AAUUGCCAGCGUUGAUGAAAAUAUAAAAAUAAAACGUUUUCAUUUUCAGCAGAGAGGAAAAAUAAAACCCCUCCAGAAACAAUUACACCUACAUAUCGUAACAUACGGCAAUAUUAACAAAAACAAAGGCAAACAAACAAAAAAAAAUUUAUUAAAUUGACAAAGUUAACUUGGGUAAAUACAUAAAUAAAUAAAUAAAAUGCAAUUAUGAAAUUAAUUGUGUGCAACACAACAAAAGACUGCUGCUACUUGCUUGCUGCGUGCAAACUGUGCCAAUUAAAAUAAAAUCAAAAGAAGGAAAAAUAUAUAUAUAAAAAAAGUGUAAAAAGAAUUAAAUAUAUAAAAAAAAAAUGUCAUGUGCUUUUGAAGUUCAUAACGGAAGUAGAGAACCACAAUAAUGGUGUGGCAGGUUGGUGCCAUAUUAAAGGCGGCUGCAAAUCAUUUUACAACAAAGUGAUGCUGCAACAAAAUACCAUGGCCAUAAAACAACAUAAAAUCACUCAAAGUGUUGAAUAUAUUAAAAUUUGGAAACAUAUCAAGUGGCGAAAAACAAUUUGCAAAAUAAAUUUCAUAAAAACAACAAGAUAAAUAAAAACAUAAUUAAUAAAAACAAAAUACACUGAAAGAAAUACCAAGUGAAUAAAUAGAUAUUUUAAUAUUUCCAACAAAAAACUAAAGAAAAAAUAAAGCAACGCAUGUAUACAAUAAUAAUUAAAUGUUUAACAUUUUAACUAAAAUUCUAAAUUUAAAUUAAAACUUGAAUUUUAAGCAUUUUAAGAAAAAGUUAAUUUUAAACAAAGUGAAGUAAUUUAUUUGUACUUAUUGUAUUUUAUUUAGUUUUUUUUUAAAGAAAAUAUUCUCAAAACAUUUUGUGGUUAACUUUGAAUUACUUAAUUUAAGAGUAGGUGCCAUAUUUUACAUAUCUCUCCAGCUGCCACAUUCUAAUUCUAGCAAAAGACUUGCAAAAUAAUACAAACAAAAAUUUCUUAAAACAAUUUUAGCUUGUUUGCGUAAGAUAACAAAAGCAACCACCGAUAUUUUAAGGUUCUUAUGAUUCUUAAAGGAUUUCUGAAGAAAAUAAUUUAAUAGAGAAAAAACUAUGACAAUAGCUAAGAAAACAAAUGUUUUGAGCAACACCAUUGAAAGUGAAAUUUUCGUUAAAACCUUAAAUAAUAAUAAAAACAACAAUACCAUGGCUCUUUUAACUAAUAGCCGCAGCAGCAGCAACAAUAUCAAUGACAAUAUUUUGGCCAAUGGCUGGAGUUUGGGAAAUGGCAGCAACAAUAAUAAUCAUGAGAAUGAUGAUGAUGAUGGUAUCUGGAAGUCUACAAAAUUGCCGGUGGCAUCCUCUAUAAAAAAUCGCCACAAAUAUGACAAACUAUUGCCAAAUACCACAAAGUGUACAAGGGUAAAUAAAACCAAUGGAGCUCAUGAUAAUGAUGCUGAUGCUAAUGAAAAAAAUAUUCAAAAUGGUACAAAUACUAAUAGCAGACAUAGUAGUAGUAGUGGCAGUAGUUGCAGUGAAGAGGCAAGUGCAAGUUUAACUAACAUAACAUGGCCAGCAGCAGCGGCUUUAGCAACAAAAUUAUCGCCAUUAGCAUCUUUAUCAACGACCGCAACAUCAAAACCUACAGCUGCAUUACAAAGAGAAAAUGUUAAAAAUGUCCGAACAAGCCGGCAUAUGAAACACAAACAACAGCCAUAUGAUGCCAAUAAUCCACAACUUGCAGCAGCAGCAACAACUACUACUACAAGCAACAUAUACCCAAAUAGCAGCAGUAGUAGUAGUGGGAAUGGCAGUGGCAGUUUUACUGCCACAACCACUAAUAAUCAUCAUCACAGCGCACAAAAAUUGCUAAAACUCCCGCAUAACAAUAAACUCAAUAGCACUAGCACUAGUAGCAGUUGUAGUAGCAGUAAUUCCAGCAGCAACAACAAUAAUAUGCAUUUUAAUAAUAGCAAAUAUUUUGGUAAUGUAUAUAAUGAUGGCUCUAACCAAAGUUCAAAAACAUCAACAACUACAACAGCUAGUUUAACAUCCUGCCACAAUACUCCACCCUCUAAAACAUUAACAACAGCAUCAUCACCCUAUUCACCCUACAGCUCUUCAUUGUCCUCGGCAACAUCCUGCUCAUCAUUGAAUUCGGCAACAACAGCUUUAUUGGCAACCACACCAACGACACAACAACAACAAAAUUCAAUAACGUUUGGCGGCUUAUUAAGGCAACAGCAUCAGCCUCUAUUAGCCACAUCAUCAAACAUAUCAGGAUCAAUGGAAUUGCCAACAGGAGCAACAGCAACUACAACUACAACAUCAGCGGCCACAACAUUAUCCUACAACAAUUCGAACAACUAUGAAGCUGUCAAUAAUGUACAUAACACAUCUAAUACAAAUUCCACAAAUUUAUAUACAAACUCUAACCACCACCAGCCACCCUCCUCCAACAGCUCCUCCAACUCUUCUUUGUAUAAUAAUCAAUAUUUACGUCAAUCACUGCUGCCCUCGACAUCGGCUGCAUCAUCAUCCUCCUCCUCCUCCACCACAUCAUCUUCAACCAGUCCAAAUUGUAAUUGUUGCAGUAAUUUAAUUGCCCGUUGCUGUUUUGGUUUGCCACAUCUUAAAGCCAUUAAUGUGCGACGUUGCGUUUUGGCUUUAUUCGCCAUUACCGUUGUAACCAUAUUCUAUUAUACCCACUACAUGGAUACAGGCGUUUUUGUGGGUUUAAUACAACGUGAUACGAGACCCACACCAAUUAUCAAUUGUCGCAUGGGCAGUGGGAAACACACGAGAAAUGUAUCGCCAGCACCUGAUCAUCGUACAGAGGCACGUUUACGCAUCGAUCCGAAAGUGUUGGUAUUUGUGGAGACAACGUAUUCAGGAUUGGGACGUGAUAUUGCAGAAUUACUUGUUUACAAUAGAAUAAAGUACAAAAUCGAAGUGGCCGGCAAGAGUCUUCCCUCCUUAACCAAUUUGGAUAAGGGUCGUUAUGGCGUUAUAGUCUUUGAAAACCUCGAUAAAUAUCUGCACAUGGACAAAUGGAAUCGUGAACUAUUGGACAAAUAUUGCCGCGAAUAUUCAGUGGGCAUUGUCGGUUUUGUAAGCCCGAGUGAAGAGACACUGGUGGCCGCACAACUCAAAGGAUUUCCCCUCUUUGUACAUACAAAUCUAAGACUACGAGAUGCCAGUUUAAAUCCUGCUUCGCCGGUUUUGCGUUUAACCAGAGCUGGUGAAACAGCUUGGGGUGCCUUACCCGGUGAUGAUUGGACGGUUUUCCAACAUAAUCAUUCCACCUAUGAGCCCGUCGAAUGGGCCCAGCGUAACAGUCAGGAUUAUCCUUCAGAUGCGGGAGGACAAGUCCAUCUGCCUUUAUCCACCGUGCUACAAGAUCAUGGCCAGUAUGAUGGCAUAAAGCGUAUAUUCUUUGGCAGUAGUUUGAAAUUUUGGCUGCAUCGCUUGCUGUUUCUGGAUGCCCUGUCCUAUUUGAGUCAUGGCCAAUUGAGCUUGAAUUUGGAGCGCAUGAUUUUGGUGGAUAUUGAUGAUAUAUUUGUGGGUGAAAAGGGUACUAGGCUAAGGCCGGACGAUGUUAGGGCUUUAGUGGCCACACAAAAGAUAAUUGCUGGCAUGGUGCCUGGCUUCCGUUUCAAUUUAGGCUUCUCAGGGAAAUACUAUCAUCAUGGCACUAGAGAGGAAAAUCUGGGCGAUGAUUUUCUGCUGCAAAAUGUACAGGAAUUCAAUUGGUUUUCGCACAUGUGGAAACAUCAGCAACCGCAUUUGUACGAUAAUGUCACACUGCUCAUGUCGGAGAUGCAACUUAAUCAUGCCUUUGCCGUGGAACACAGCAUACCCACGGACUCGGGUUACUCCAUAUCGCCACAUCAUUCAGGUGUCUAUCCCGCCCAUGAAAUUUUAUAUGAAGCCUGGAAGAAGGUUUGGCACAUUAAGGUCACCUCAACAGAGGAAUAUCCUCAUUUGAGGCCGGCUCGCUUAAGAAGAGGUUUCAUACAUCGCAAUAUAAUGGUGCUGCCGCGUCAAACCUGUGGCCUCUUCACCCACACCAUGUACAUAGAUCGUUACCCUGGUGGCCGUGAUAAACUGGAUGAAUCUAUACAGGGCGGUGAACUGUUUCAGACUAUAGUCUAUAAUCCUAUUAAUAUCUUUAUGACUCACAUGUCUAACUAUGGUUCCGACCGUUUGGCCCUGUACACCUUCCAGUCGGUCAUUAAAUUUCUACAAUGUUGGACCAAUCUGAAGUUGGCCUCAGCUCCGCCCAUCCAAUUGGCCGAAAUGUACUUUCGCCUGCAUCCCGAAGAGGUUGAUCCCAUUUGGGGCAAUCCCUGUGAUGAUCCCAGACAUCGUAAGAUCUGGUCCAAGACCAAAAGUUGUGACUCCCUGCCAAAAUUCUUGGUUAUUGGACCUCAAAAGACCGGCACCACCGCUUUGUAUACAUUCCUGUCGAUGCACUCGGGCAUUGUUAGCAACAUACCCAGUCCGGAUACUUACGAAGAGGUACAAUUCUUCAAUGGCAACAAUUACUAUAAAGGCUUAGAUUGGUAUAUGGAUUUCUUUCCCGCCGAAGUGAAUACCACUGUAGCACCCAAUUCCAGUCCACGUUACAUCUUCGAAAAGAGUGCCACCUAUUUCGAUGGUGAAAUGGUGCCGAAGAGGGCACAUUCUCUACUGCCACAUUCGAAAAUCGUAACGAUCUUAAUAUCACCGGCCAAAAGAGCUUAUUCGUGGUAUCAGCAUCAGAGGGCCCAUGGUGAUACUAUUGCAAAUAACUAUAGUUUUUAUCAGGUCAUAACGGCAUCUGAUUCGGCACCAAAAUCACUCAGGGAUUUACGUAAUCGUUGCCUUAAUCCUGGUAAAUACGCACAACACUUGGAACGCUGGCUCUCGUAUUAUCCUGCCCAACAGUUGCACCUCAUUGAUGGUGAGCAAUUGCGUCUCAAUCCAGUGGAUGUGAUGAAUGACCUGCAACGUUUUUUGAAAAUACAACCGGCCUUUGACUACUCCAAUCAAUUGCGUUACGAUGUGAAGAAGGGUUUCUUUUGUCAGGUGGUGAACGAGAAACGCAAUAAAUGUUUGGGCAAAUCAAAGGGUCGUCAAUAUCCGCCCAUGGAUGAACGUAGUGCUAAAUUGUUACAAAGAUAUUAUUUAAGUCAUAAUACAGCUUUAGUGAAACUUUUAAAGAAACUCGGAGCACGUCCUAUUCCACAGUGGCUUAAAGAUGACCUGUCAACGAGUACGUGAUAGCAGCAGCACAAGUUACGUAAAUUGCGUGCAAGAUUAAGAAAACAAUUGCAACGAUUGUUAAUCUUUAAGCCAACAUUACAACUACAAACACUUCAAGAAAUUCAUCAACAAAAGUCACACAAUCACCACAGCAACAUAAACCGCUACCACUACCAGCAUCAUCAUCAUCAUACCGACAAACAUGAGCACGAGCCAGCAAUUCAACAGCAGCAGGAACUGUCAAAUAAUCAUCAUCUUCAUCAUCAGCAACAACAGCAACAACUUUACGAGCAGCAGCAACAGCAUUUCAAUACAAAAACGGAAUUUCAACAACAGCAGCAACAGCAACCUGAAAAGCAUACUAAUGACUUAUUGUCGCCGGAGCAGCAGCAGCAGCAACCACCAGCAGCUCCUCCUCUACCAGGUUUAUUGAAUAAAAUGACAAUGUCUAUGAUGAUGAUGUUGCCAAUACAUUUACAUACACCUUCACCACCAACAACAGCAACAACGUCCUCCCCACCUGCUGCACCUUCAUCUCUACAACAUGAAACUGUAUUUUAUCGAAGACAUCACAACAAAAUCAACAAAUAUAAUACAGGAUAUACAACAUUAUUUUAGCAGGAAUUAUAGAUAGAAAUGUACAUCUACAAACAAAAAAGAAACUAAACUGUCAGUUUUCAAAAAUGUCAAAAGAAAAAUUCCCAUGUAAAUCACUCGAAACUGUCCGCAAAUAUCGAACAACCAUUUGUUAUCUAGAAAUUAUAAAGAAAACAACAGGAGAUUAAAUAUUAUGUAAAUCGAUUCUAAAGAAUAAAUAAUGUAUAAAGCAAACAAAUUCAAAUGAUUUUCUUAGCAAAUCGAAUUUUUUGGCUGAAAUUCUUACAUUUUUGUGUUAAAUUCUGGCAAGAGGUUCUAUAAUAAUUUACAAUUUUAAAAUCAUUUUAUUUAAUUAAAUAACAACCAUUUUCUUUAUAUCUCUUUGUCUUUCUUCAUAACAUUUUAUUAACUUUUAUAAUAUUUGUUCUUUGUGUGAAAACUGAAAAAUUUAAAACAAAUUUGUUAAUCUUUUAUAAAAUUUUAAAACAAUUUUAAUAUAACUAUUUUAUAAUUUAGAACAUUUUCAUAAAAUUACCCUUAAACUUUGUCGACAUUUUACUUUAACCCUUAAAGCUACAUUUACAAUGACAGAGUCACUCCUCUCUGUACUCCAGUAAAAAAUGUUAACUGUUGUAAACAUAGAGAAAUACACAUAGAGUAGAAACUAGAAAAAAAAAACUCAAACAAAAAAAAAUACUCAAAAAAUUACACAUACGAGUGUUGUUUUUGUUUCCACAUAGUUUUGUUUGCUAAUAAAUUCUCACCACAUAGGUUUUUGACAAUUGAGUUAGGUUUUUGAUAGGAGAGUUUCCGAUCUAUGUUUCAAAAUACAGAAUGAAAUUGUAAAAAAACAAUUGAAACUUAAAAUUUUAAUUUUAUUAUUUUAAAAAUUUGCACAUGUUCUCUGAAAUUUUCUGACCCACAAUUAAAAAAUUAGAACAAAUAAUAUGACACUCCAGCACAACUGAAUUACAUACUCCUUCUUAUAUGUGUCCAUACUGACUCCAAUAUGUGUGCCACCCAAAGAACUUAUGAAAGUAUGAAUCUGUCCAUAUUAAAAGAAACACGCUUUUCCAAAUACCCCUCAAUUUACUUCCAGUCCGCCAUAAAAACACUUUGUCUCUUCAGCUCUAUAAAAUCAAUUUGCUGAAAAAAUCAUAAUUUUUUCCACAAAAACAUAAUCAAAAUUUUUAUUUUAUUUUGUAACUAAAAAAAAUGUAGUAUUUUUUCCAAAUAUUUUGAAUUUUCUUGACAAAAUUUGUCAUUUAAUAAUUAACAUAAGUCACGUUAAUGAUAACAUGUUAACACCAGAGUUAAAAUCAUAGAGAAACAUAGAGCGGAAACUAGAAAAAAACUCAAACAAAAACGAGUAUUGUUUUUGUUUUCACAUAGUUUUCUCACAUUCUCAUCACUUAGGUUUUUCACAACUGAGUUAGGUCUUUGACAGGAGAGUUUCCGCUCUAUGUCUGUUCUCUGUGGUUAAAAUCAUAAAGAAUUAUACAUAGAGACAACAAAUAGAAGAAAAAUACAACAAAUCAUAUGUCUGAUACAACACCAAAAUACAUUGACUAGCAUGUAUUUUGUUGUUGCAAGAGUUAGGUUUUUGACAAUUACGUCUCGACUUACUUCUAUGUUACUCUAUGGCUAAAAUCAUAGAUAAAUACACAUAGAUCGGAAACUCUUUAUUCAAAGACCUAACUCUAAUGUCAAAAACCUAAGUGGUGAGAAUGUAUUAGUAAUUAAAACUAUGUAAAAACAAAAACAACACUCGAUAUGAGAUAAUUUGAAGAAAAUUUUUUGUUUGAGUUUUUUUCUAGUUUCAGCUCUCUAUGGUUAAAAUAAUCUACACUCUGGAUUAGAAAUUGUUCAAUUCUGGAGUUGCAUACAAAAUAUAGCAAAAUUUUAAAUCAAAUAAAUACAAAAGAGAAAGAAAUCUAAUUUGCUGCAGAGUAAUCCAUCAUUGCAAAGGUAGCUUCUUAAAUGAUUGUUAGGAAAUUAAAUAAAUAUUUUUAUUAAUUUUUUUAUUAUUCUGUUUAAAUAUAAGUAAAGUUUUUUUAAAUAAAUUCAAACCAAAAUUUAAUGUAAUUUUAAAAAAGGGUGUUAGUUUCAAAAAAAAACCUUAAAAUAUUAAAUUCAAGGUUGGCUACCGAUUCGAAACGGUUAAAAGCUAACGGUUUUAAUGUUUUAUCUGUAACGGUUAUGUCGGCAACGCUAUUUGCUGUUAUUUCGGUAAUGGUAUUUUGAUGAUAAUGCUAAUUUCAUACUGAAUUUAAUUACACUGUGCGACAAAACCAAAUACCUGGAAAAUGUUACUAUUUCACUGGUAUGUUUUGUCUACACCAUUUCCAAUUGAAUUUCAGAAAAUUCCAAUUCAAUUUCAAAAUUAAAUUUCAGAAAUUCCUAAUUAUAUUUCAGAAUUUUGUAAUUCUAUUUCAUAAUUUUCGAAUUGUAUUUCAGAAAAUUCCAUUUGUAUUUCAGAAUUGUUUAUUUAUACUUAAAAAGUUUCUAAUUGAAUUUCAGAAUUUUCCAAUUAUAUUUUAGAAUUUUCAAUUCGUAUUUCCCAAUUUUCUAUUUGUAUUUCAGAAAUUUCCAUUGGCAUUGCUAAAAGAAUUUUUUGAAAUACAAACGGAAAUUUCUGAAAUACGAAUGGAAAAUUCUGAAAAACAAAUGGAAAAUUCUGAAAUAUAAUUGGAAUAUUCUGAAAUUCAAUUGCAAAUUUAUGAAAUAUUUAAUAGAACUUUCUGAAAUACAAUAAGAAACUUCUCAAAUAUAAUUGGAAAUGGUUUAGUACAACAAGCUGUAACACAUAUUGUUUGCUUCAUUUCCCAGCAAAAACUUGGUAAUAACUUACAAUUACUCAAUUGCUUACUUUUCAAUGACUACUAAAUACCAUCUGCAUUACAUUGAAGUGGUCUUAUAAUGAUGUAUUUAUUAUCUAUUAUAUAACUGCUUAUUUUCGUAUAGUCGAGCUUAUGCAUAUUCUGAUUUACUGCUACGGCUUGUGGCAAUAAGUUAAUAACCGUGUUAAAAUAAUUAAUCUCUUAACCAUUAAAUUAAUAUAUUUCAAAUGUGUUGAAUUCAUUCCAUUAAUAAUUCAAUUCUUUUACAAUUAAGUUGUUAUUGAAUCAUUAAAAUUUUCUUGAAUUCAAAUCUAUUAAAUUUUUCCUCAAUUCAAAACUUUUACAAAAAGGCUUAAGUCAAUUUUUAAAUGAUUAAAAGCAAAAUAAAAUCAAAACUGACAGAAGAAAACAAAAUAUUUAAAUUCAAUUUGUAUUAGAUUUGAAUUAACAAAAAUUUUAUCAUUCUGUUCUUAACUAAUUUCAUUAUUAUUAUUAUUUUGAUAUUCAACGAUGAAUUCAACGAUUUUGAAUGAAGCUAAAGAAUGACAUGUUGGGAAUAGAUUUAUGGAACGUACGACUAACAUUUUUUUAAUUACAAAUUAGGAUUUUAGUGAAUUGAAUUCCAAAUGCAGUAUGUUACUUCACCUAAAACAAUUAAUGUAAUAUAAUCUUAAAAUGAAAUUCAUCCAAUUAAAUUUUUACAUCGAUUUGGCUUUAAUGAGUCAUUAGUGAUAGCUGCCAUAUAAGGUGCACUUCCGAAUCUUUUAAAAAUUUCGGUAAAUAAAAUUUACAAAUAAAAUUUUACAUGAAUAAUUUUCAUAUAUCGAUGGCUUAAUAUAAAAAAGGCGUAACUCGAUUUUUUGUUACUUUACAGGAGAAGGAAAAAACUUAACAAAAUCCAUACUAUUUUAGAUACAAAAAAAGUUUUAAUGCAAUUUUUAAUAAGAAGAAACAUCUCAUUUUAUUUCUCAUUUAAAAUAAGUUUUUUUUUUUAUUUUAAUGAAGUUAUUUAUAUAACCCUUUUUUUCAUUGAAAUUUUUGCCUUUUUUAUAUUAAGCCAUCGAUAUAAAUAAACAUAAAACAUGCCAUCUUAUUUUGUGACGAUCAGUUCAUAAUUAGUCAUAGCUGCAAUAUAAGGAGAACUUCCGAAAAUCACAUAAAAUACAUUAAAAAUGUCGGUAUCUAAAUAAUAUUCAACACAAAUAAGUUUCAUACCAUACACAGAAUUAAUGUCACUUAAAAUAAUGACGACAAACUCGAAAAAAAAAUGGUUACGUUGAAAUGAAAGCAGUUACUUUCUUUUCUGUUUUAGCUUAAUGCUGCUACAACAUUUAGUCUAGUUUCAAAUUUUAUUAGUGCAGAAGUUUUCAAGAUCCUUUAAGAGCUCUCAAUAGCUUACAAAUUCAUAUAAUCCUCCAUUUUCUUUUUCGGAUAUAUCCGCAAGAAGCAAUGGUCAUGGCAUCGCAUCUACAAUAGCUGCAUAUCAAGAUAAAUCUUUAGGGAGUGGGAAACUUAAUAAUUUUCUAUUUAUUGUUCUGGAAUUAUUGGGUUUUAGUAGAGAUAUUUUUCUUACUAUUCUCAUCCACUGGGCGAUCUGAUUCUUACCUGACAGACCAAUAUUUUAAAGCCCAAUGUGUUGCAAUCAGGUUUUGAGAAAUCUGAAAUGCUAAAUCAAUAUUUGUAAUGUCAGUAUUUCGCCCGUGACUCAAAUAGUCUGGACAAAUUAACCCUACUUAUUUCUUUACGCAUAUCUAGCAACGACUAAAUCAUUCGUAGAUGAACUCAAAUUGAGACAAUAUGUAUUAGCUAAACUAAAACGUCCUAGCAGAGAAAAUGUUUAUAAACAUGGACUUCCUAUCGAAAUCUCCUCACCUAAGCAGAAAAUCAGCUUCUUCCAUGCAGAGAAAAUAAUCAGAUAAUUUGGAGAAAUUCAGCUUGAAUAAAUAUCUCGAUACACUAUGUAUAGUUGCUGAACUGAAAUAAAAUUUUUAAAAGCUUCCAUAAUCCUAUUUUAACACCAGAUUCUAAACUUUGUAGACCAAUGGAAAAAACGUUUAUAAUGUUCCCAUGAACAUGAAUACGAGAUAAGCAAGUACUGAUUCACACAAGUCAAGUUUACUUGAGCAAGUCUUGAGUAUAUAAGACAGGAAAUUCCUCUGUCUUCUAUAAACUCAAGACUCAAGAGCACCAAGAUAUAUUACAUUGGUCAUUAUCUUGACUGACGAUCUGCAGUAAAUUACUAUUUUUCUUUCUGACAUCGAUAUAAUUCAUUGUUAUAUUUGUGAUCUUUUAAAACAAAUUUUAUAUUGAAUCUGAGCUAGCAUUGUUCGUUAAAGUGUUAAAAUAUUAUCCGUUUACCAUUAAAAAAUUAAGUUCAUACGUCCAAAAUUGUCUAAAACAAUUCAAUAUUGUCAAACACCCAUUAUAUCAAUACUCCAUUGAACACACAUUGAAUUUUGCCAUGAUCGUAAACGAACUGAAAAAUUCCGCAGGAAUUGAUAACAAAAAUUGAGUAAAUAUCAUUUCCACAAAAAAAAAAACAGAUUUUUCAUACAAAACAAUUAAUAUUCUCGUGCAUUCAUCUAAUAAACAUGCCAACACUUACACCACACACUUAAACAAUAAAAUGUAGAAUAUUAUUAAAAGAAAACUAAAAUAAAUAUAAAUAAAUGCAUAUAAAUAAAUAUAAAAAGUAGAAUUAAUUUAGUUUUAACAACUGCCUCAUUAAAUUUCCCUGUGUUUAUCUCGCUAAAUGUCCUCUAGCUCCCCCCCACUCUUUCUCUAUCACUCUCUAUCUAUGUAACACUUAGACUCACUUUCUCUUCCUUUCACACUCCUUGAGCAUCUUUGUGUAAAAAAAAGUAAACAAAACAUAGAAAUAACUGUAAUUAUAAAUGUGUAUGUAUGAAGAAUGUAUGUGUACAAAAACAAAAACCACACUAUAUACAACAACUACUAAUAUUUUAAUGGAGAAUUGUAAGUACGAAAACAAAACAAAAACAAAAA